GAGAGCUUCCCUACAGCAGCGGCGGUGGCGGAGACACACAGAGACUGAGAGAAAUCACAAUAACACAAAGACUUGUGAGAAAUGUCGACGUUUGACAGCAGAUUUCACUCUUAUACCAGCACACAGCUGAAUGAACUUCUGGAUGACGAGAAUAAACUUUAUCACAUGAUCUGUGAAAUGGACGAGAUGAGUGAAAUGCAGCAGAAUAAAGAGCUGACCAUUGCCAGUAAUCGCAGUCUGGCUGAACAGAAUCUCAGUCUACAGCCGGAUCUGGACCAUCAGAAGAUUCACUUGACCAAACUCUACCGCAGCUUACAAGAACUACAUGAAUCUUACCAGCUCCGCAAAUCCACCUUGGGCAGCAGUUCAUUGGACACAUUAUUGGCUCUUUUGCAAACAGAGGGAGCAAAGAUAGAAGAAGAAACAGAGAUCAUGGCUGAUACAUUUCUGGACGGAUCCUUGACUCUGGACAGCUUCAUCGAUGACUACCAGAGCAAGAGGAAGCUGGCUCACCUGAGACGCGUGAAGAUCGAUAAGCUACGAGAGAUGGUGCUCAGGGGUGUUCAGCUUCCUCAGAGUUCCUCUAAUGAUCAUUCUCAAUCUCAGGAGACCCCAAACACCCCAUUCCAAAGGCUUGCUAAUGGUUCUCCAGCUCACGUAAGAUCCACACCAACAUCUCAACCGUCAGGUCAGCCCCAGCUGUCUUCAUACCCUGAUGCUCUCAGUUCUUACGUGCCUCAGAGCGCAGGCAUACCAAACACGGUACCUUCAUAUUCAUGUCCAUACCCACAAGCCCUCACUCAAGGACCCGGUGCUGGUCUUCCUCCACAGGCCGGUUUUAUAUUACAGUGAUGGUCUUAGUUUAAGCACUUCCGCUAGAAUGUGAAAUGUGUUUUUUUUUAUGCACUUUGAUAAAAUACAGGUUUGAGUUCAUGACUCCUUUGUUGGUCCAUAUGGAAUCUGCACUAGCAGAACUCUCCGUUUGCUGUUUGUUUUCACAAACGAAACAUUUCGGCUCAUUUGAGUAAGCUAUCAGCUCGUGUUUAACACAUUCUGCCAUAUUUAAAUCCUUUCCGCAUGGUUGCAGAUUCCGUCUGGACCUGUUUACUAGUUACAAUGUUAUAUUAAUUUGAGCAUUUGGUUGCGUUUGCAUAACGUCAAGUACUGUUUUUAAAUGAUCAGUUUUACAUUAGAAUUUUAUUUUAAAAACCAUUGAAUGGAAAAUGGUAACAAACAACACUUAUGAGCAAUGGGGGCAUUGAAUUUCUCUGUAAAUAUCCCUACAUGUGAUUAAAGAUUAUAGAUCGACGAAUGCGAUGUUUAAAAAGCAGAAACGUGGUUCAUAUGCACAUACAAGACUGAGAGUUUACUGUGUACUUUUGGUAUUUGUAAGAAAACCUUCCCUAUCGUCGUCAAUAUGAGAUAUAUUGUAUAAUAUUCAUGUUUGGAUUUCUGAGUAAAAAGUGACCAACAACCAAAGAAGCACUCCAUCUUAACCAUGAAUACUCCAUACUGGUCGUUUGUUGGAUUUAAACUUUAUGAAGUGUUUGAAUAAACCUGUGGCGUUAACAGAGCAGUCUGACGGUAGAUCUGCUGUGAUCAACUCUCUUAACUUCUAUUCGCUAAACAAACAAUUCUUAUUGUUAAAAUAUCACCGUUUACAACAUUCUGAUGACUUUUGUCUUUCUGUCUCUUCAUCGAAGUUCAGGUACUGUGAUAUAUCAAUGGAAGGUGUUAUCAUCACGGACUGUGACGAUGCUCAUGCAUGUUUUAUAAGAUGGUUGUUUUAUGCAAGUGUGUAGGGUAAGAUUACAAAAGUCACUUAAUACUGAAGCGAGUAAGUGUAAAAAUAUCUAAUGUGCCUUGAGACAGAACAGACGUUUAAUGAAGCGUUGAAUCACACACAGUGCUUUGAGAACUCUUCAAAGCCAUCUGAAUCUUUCCUGUUUGUGAAGAUGAUUACUAGUGCAAACUCUUUUUGUCUCAUCUGUGUGAUGUCUUUAUCCUGUAACACUCCUUCUGUAAAGUAUUGUAAAGUAAAUUGUAUCUGUUUAAUUCGUGGCUGGAUUUUUGUAAUGCUUAUUAAUAAAUGCCUAUGAACUAAUAAAACAGUCAAUGCUAUA